AUGGCAGUUUACGCAGCACAUUUAACGAGAACUCUUCAGGGCACCCCUUCUGUUUUUCAAGUGACUGCUCAAGAAGCUCUCGGUGGAACAGUCAAGCCAGCUUUAAGAAAACUUGUUGAGUACAUCGCCUCUACCUACCCCAGGAACUGUGGUUGGAGUGAGAAAUGGUAUGAUGAACUAUAUCUGCUAUUCGACUGUUGUCUACAGUAUCAUUACCUUAAGCAUUAUGCUGCAUCGUUCUCAGAAUGUUUCUAUGGUUUGAUGCGUGUUCCGUUAUCAACAAGCAAUGAAUUCAGUUCUGGCACGCGCCUUCCUGAAAAUCUUGAAAAGGGAUCUCUAGCACUCCUGGUUUUACUUCCAUAUAUAAGAGAUAAAGUUGAGAAGCUCAUUAAUCAGUGGAGGGAGGACAAUGAAGACGGAAGAUUAGAAAAAAGUAAGUCGGAUCGUGCUCGAAAAGCAGCUGUCCACCUCUACUCAAUAGUUCAUUUGACAUGUGAAGCGAGCAAGUUGGUGGUACUUGCGCGGUAUCUUACCACCUCCUCUCGCUCCCCAUCACUCCCACUAACGCUACUAGGUCUAACCUUGACCAAUGCACCACCACCAGAGCCAGAGGAAAACACAUGGACAGACCUUGCUCGGAAUUUACUCAAAGGACAUUUUGGGUCUGCAGUAGUAACGUUUCCCAUGGUGUGGGGAGCGAUGGCUGGUGCCGUAGAGUGGGGUGCGUUUCUCGUUCAGUUUUUACGAUGGUGGGAGACGAGACCCGGUCUUGCUGUGGACUCCCUUCCUAUGCCUCCACCACCAACGAUUGACGAGAAAGGAACGAGAUAUGCAAACAAAUGUCCCGUUUGCCUGCAGCCGUGGAAGGUCCCAACAGUGUUGCCAGUUUCCGGGUACAUAUUCUGUUACACGUGCAUAUCGCGACAUCUACGCAGCACGAACCAGUGUCCAGUGACAAGAUUGCCAGCGAACGAACGGUCGCUCGUGAGACUAUACCUGGAUGUAUAG